CAAAAUCAGAUGUUAUAAACAACCUCUUAUAGUUUAGUUCUUCAUUUGGUUUGUUAACUUGUGUUUAAAAGUUUAAUUGAGUGAAAAUGUUUUCAAUCGACGCCCCAAUUGAGAUACAAAACUCUGAAUUUUGCAAUUAUCGGUCACCACUUAGCACUCGAUAUGCUUCAAAAGAAAUGCAAUAUAAUUUUAGUGAUCAAAAGAAAUUUUCAACUUGGCGAAAGUUAUGGAUCUAUCUGGCGAAAGCAGAAAAGGAGCUGGGUCUGGAUAUAACCGAUGAGCAAAUCUCCGAAUUGGAGUCAGCUAUCCAUGAUAUUGACUUCGCAGCGGCGGCGGAGCAUGAGAAGCGUGUGCGCCAUGACGUCAUGGCACAUGUGCACACCCUGGCUGCUAGGUGCCCUCGUGCCGCGCCUAUCAUACACCUCGGCGCCACCUCCUGCUAUGUGGGAGAUAACACUGACCUGAUAGUCCUGAGACAUGGCCUGGAUCUGCUCUUGCCAAGGCUUGCUGCAGUCAUUAGUAGACUAGCGAAAUUCGCUGAUGAGUACAAGUCGCUUCCCAUUCUCGGCUUUACUCACCUGCAGCCAGCACAACUGACUACAGUGGGGAAGCGAGCUUCGCUAUGGCUGAGCGAUUUACUUAUGGACGAGCGCGCGCUAUCUCGCGCUAGAGACGAUUUGCGCUUCAGAGGAGUUAAAGGUACGACGGGCACUCAGGCCUCGUUCAUGCAACUGUUUAACGGAGACUCGGAAAAAGUUCGGGCACUAGACAAGCGGGUCGCUGAACUUGCCGGCUUCGACAAACGUUACAUCGUAACAGGACAAACUUACUCGAGGAAAGUGGAUCUAGAAGUCAUAGCUGCUCUCUCUGGACUCGGAGCAACCGUGCACAAGAUGUGUUCUGAUAUACGUAUACUCGCCUCAAGAAAGGAAUUGGAAGAACCGUUUGAAACGUCCCAGAUUGGGUCCAGUGCUAUGCCUUAUAAACGAAACCCAAUGAGGUCAGAGCGUUGUUGCGCGCUGGCGCGUCAUCUGAUCACUCUGCACGCCAACGCCGCCAACACCCACGCGGUGCAGUGGCUAGAGCGCACUCUCGAUGACUCAGCGAACCGCCGCUUGACUCUGGCUGAGGCUUUCCUCACCGCCGAUGCUACCCUACUGACUCUUCUUAACAUUUGCCAAGGAUUGGUUGUUUACCCUAAGGUGGUUGAGCGGCAUAUAGCACAAGAACUUCCAUUUAUGGCAACGGAAAAUAUUAUUAUGGCAAUGGUGCAAGCUGGAGGAGAUCGUCAAGUUUGCCAUGAGAAAAUAAGGGUUCUUUCGCACGAAGCGGGCGCGCAAGUGAAACAGCACGGCAAAGAUAAUGAUUUAAUUGAUCGCGUGAAGAAAGACUCGUAUUUUGCCCCAAUUAUCUCUCAACUUGACGCCAUUUUAGAUGCCUCUACAUUCAUUGGCAGAGCACCGGAACAGGUCACCGAGUUCCUCGAGGAAGAAAUCAAUCCUCUGGUUUCUAAAUAUAAAGAUGUUUUGUCAGAACUAGAAAAACCAGUAGCUUUAAACAUUUAAUGUUUUUACAUUGAAUUCAUAAGUACAAACUCACAUUGUUAAUGAAUAAAAUGAUAUAUUUACA